AUGGCAUCGAACUCGAUUUGUCGUACCCUUCGAAACACUCGGGGAUAUGCCACUGCAGCUUCCAAAUCGCCACCGGUUCAACUUCAGGGACUCUCGGGAAAGUAUGCAUCAGCCCUUUACACCGCAACCGUGAAGAAAGAUGCAAAGCUUUUAAGCACCGUUGAGAAAGAUGUCACAUCAGUCCAGAAAAUCCUCUCUGGUGCAGGUGGUGCUUCGAUCAAAGAGUUUCUUCAAAACCCUACCCUCCAAUCUGCAGAGCGAAAGAAGGGGAUUUCGACCAUGUUGAGCAAACUUCCCAGCGCACCAAAUGAGAUGACACAAAACCUUUUGAGUGUCUUGGCCGAAAACGGUCGUUUAUACGAAACUGAAAAAGUCAUCGAAGAUUUUCUCACUCUUAUGAGUGCUCAUCGUGGUGAAAUCACUAUCACUAUCACCUCUGCUCAACCUCUUGAUUCGGCUCUUCAAAGCCGACUUGAGGCUAGCCUCAAGAAGAGUGCAACCGCUCAGGGCAAGACGGUCAAGAUUAAGAACAACGUGAAUGCUAGCGUUAUGGGUGGUUUGGUUGUUGACUUUGGAGACAAGACUAUUGAUCUAAGUGUCUCUAGCCGUGUUAAUAAAUUGAAUGGCCUACUCUCUGAGUCCAUUUAAGCAACAAAUUAUAAAUCUUAGCUGGUUCGGUAAAUGCUCUUUAUUAUAAAAAACAUCACUUCGUCAAUGUAGCAAAUCAUCGCGUUGGCGUUCCGACAAAGGGAACCAUGUAGUAACCAUUACCUACAAAACCAAAUUAGAAAUAUAGUGCCUGGUGAUUUUGUUUGACAAAAAGUC